AUGUCAUACAAAGGCGGGACCUCCAUCUGCGAAAAGUACAUGUACGACCCUCAUAAAGCCAAGAAGCCUCGCGCAACGAACUCUAGCAGGGUCAAGAAGUCAAAGCGUGAAGUACGCGACCCAGCCGCCGAGAGUUUCAAGGCGUACCAUCCUUAUAAUGUUCAUGUGCAGCCUUCGGCUUCAUCACACUCUUCGUCGCCUCAGCGGGCGCAACUAAUUGAUCCUUUGUCGUUCUCGCCCCAAACGCCUGCCAUGGCUCUCCCAUCUGUGCCUCCACCUCCGCCACGUGUUCGGCCCCUCUCGACACCUACUCCUGCCCAUGGACAACACAAACCUGCACCCUCUCCUCUGCAGCACCUCUUGCACGCCAUUGAGGGUUAUCAGGAAACUGCAGCGUACACGCGAGAGCGUCAGCACUCUCCAGGGGGCGUGUCUCGGUCGUCUUCCUACGGUUUCCCAUCGUCCCAGUUCGGCCGUUCGCGUUCGUCAUCCCCGGCUAGUACUCCGCCCUUGACCCCGCACUCUGCAAGUUCGCGACUUUCCGCGUGCUCUUCCUCGCGGUCAUCCAGUCGGCAUACCACUCCUGAGAUGGACUACUACGCGCCGUACGCGGACCCGAAACCCGUGAAGUACGACUACGACCAGUAUCUGGGGACAUAUCAUGCCUCUGUCGGUCAGAACCUUUAUGGAAGGAGGCAUUGA